CUCUCUUAUCAAUGGUUCUGUCAUUCGAAAAAUGGAUGUCUGAUGUAUAUUUAUUAAAUUUAUUUAUUUUAAAAAUUUAAAAAAAUAUUCUGUACUAUUAUUAAGUAAGUGUAAGUGUAUUUAUAGCUAUUAAAAUGACCUCCACAGAUGAACGAGCAGUUUAUGCAAAAUUGGAAGCAAUAAAAGAAAUACGUACAAAAACAAUUCAACUGGAAAAGUUAAAAACUAAGAUACUUUUAGAAAUAGAAAACUUAGAACAGGAAGAAAAAUGCUUAACAGAAUACAAACAAGAGAUGGACAUGUUGUUGCAAGAAAAGAUGUCUCAUGUGGAGGAACUGAGACAAAUACAUGCAGAUAUAAAUGCUAUGGAAGGAGUAAUAAAACAUGCAGAAGAAAGCCGUAGCAGGUCAUUGGAUACUGCUUCUCGAAUACAUGAAGAAUAUAUGCCUCUAAAAGCAGAUGUGGACCGUUUAAGAAGGGAAUGCUUGGGACUUGAGAGACUUCCAGAGUUACACGAAGAAGAAGGCACAUUAAUCACUGCUGAACGGUUUGCGCAAUUUUUCGCACCUAACAAGACCAGUACUCAGUCAUUUGUGAAGGGUAAUGACUGGACUCGACCUUUAACAACAAAUGACAGUCCCAUGAGCUCAUUAUCAUCUGCUCUUCCUCCUACAUUUUUAACGCCACCCAAUCCACUAAGACUGGUAUCGAACAAGCAGGAUACAGGAAGACCUGGAAGUCUGUCACAGCCUGGACCUCCCACUCCUACCUUCAGGUCGGAUUUUGUCAACUUGAGACAACAACCGCCACCCAUGAAAUCAUGUCUCAGUUGUCAUCAGCAGAUUCACCGAAACGCACCAAUUUGUCCUUUGUGUAAAGCAAAGUCCAGGUCAAGGAAUCCAAAAAAGCCAAAAAAGAAGGACCACUAAUUUUUUCAAAUUACAUAAAACAAUUUAAAGUUGUUUGUAGCUUAUUCCAGUGACUGACUGUUGUAAUGUUUAAUAAGUAAUAUUGUAGGAAUUAUACAAUAUAUUUUAUUUAGAUUAUAGGAAGUACUUUUAAUGCAUAUAAUAAAAUCGUAGUACUUAUUUAAAGACAUUUUUUAUGAUUUAUAAUUCACAUUAUCGUGUGUUUCUGUUAAUAAAUUAAUCAGGAGAA